CGAGAAGUCUGCUUAGUUUGCUAUGGUUAUGAGUGUGGAAGUCAUAAACACGUGUGGUUAUUUUGAAGUUAGUGAUUAGGUACAGUGAGGCUUGUCCAGUAAUUUUAUCAGAAUGCCGCCUUUCAGAAAAGGUUUAUUGAAAAGGAAAGUUGAUGCUGAAAAUUUGGAGCAAAAUGAACGUGUGAACACAUUUAAUCAGGCAGAGGAUUCAGAACAAGAAGAUUUAAUAACUGGAGAAGUGGAUGCUGCGAGUGACACAACAGAUUCCGAGCAUGAAGACGAAACAGAAGUCCCUUCUGAUCAUGAGAGAGAUGAGGUUUUGUUCAAUGACAGUGCUGACUCAACAUUUGGGGAUGACGAACAAGCGGAUGAUGCUUCAGGUUCAUCAUCAGAUAUCACAGACUCUGAGGAUGAUGGAGAGUCUGAGGAGGGGGACGACUCAGACAGCGAGGCAGACAGCGGAGCGGAGUCCGGCCCUGCGCCGGCCUCCGGCGACAGCGGCUCGGACGAGGACCGGUCCACGGCGCGCCCGGCCGGACGAGUCAAGAUAAAACCGGACGCCGCCAGCCACCACACGGACACGAGCAUCGACAGACUUGCCGACAGUGUUCACAAAGCUAGUGUAAACACACAACCCGUCACACAAAGAGACGAGUACUCGUCGGGCGACACGUCGGACGAGGAGGACCGCCGCAACACGGUGGGGGACGUGCCCCUCUGGUGGUACCGCGAGUACCCGCACGUGGGCUACGACCUGGACGGCCGCCGCAUCAUCAAGCCGCCGCAGCGCGACCAGAUCGACGAGUUCCUCAAGAAAUGUGAAGAUCCGGAGUUCUGGCGCACGGUGCGCGACCCCAACACGGGGCAGGACGUGGUGCUGAGCGCGCAGGACCUGGAGCUGCUGCGGCGCGUGCGGGCCGGGCUCGUGCCCGACGCCGCGCACGACGAGUACGCGCCCUGGGUCGACUGGUUCAGCCGCGACGUGCUGGCCACGCCGCUGCGCGCCUUCCCCGAGCACAAGCGCUCGUUCCUGCCGUCGCGGGACGAGGCGCGCGCCGUGGGCCGCCUCGUGCACGCGCUGCGCAUGGGCUGGGCCAAGACGCGGCGCCAGCUGGCCGACGAGCGCCGCCAGCGCCGCCAGCGCGCCUUCUACGACCUGUGGGGCGCCGGCGCCGCCGAGCCGCGCGGCCUGCAGCGCCACAUCCCCGCGCCGCGCCGCCCGCCGCCCGGACACGCCGAGAGCUACAACCCGCCGCCCGAGUACUUGCUGGACGCGCAGGAGCUGAAGGAGUGGAACAAGCUGAGCGAGACGCCGUGGAAGCGCAAGUACACGUUCCUGCCGACGCGGCACGCCAGCCUGCGCGCCGUGCCCGCGUACGAGCGCUUCACGCGCGAGCGGUUCCUGCGCUGCCUCGACCUGUACCUGGCGCCGCGCGCCAUCAAGAUGCGGCUGACCAUCGGGCCCGAGGCGCUGGUGCCGACGCUGCCGUCGCCGCGCGAGCUGCAGCCGUUCCCGACGUUCGAGGCGCUGUGCAUGCGCGGCCACUCCGGGCUCGUGCGCAGCGUGGACUUCGACCCCAGCGGCCAGUACAUCGCCUCGGCCGGAGACGACGGAUCCGUGCGCGUGUGGGAGACUGGCUCGGGGCGCUGCGUGCGCGUGCUGGCGCUGGGUGCGAGCGUGGCGCGCGUUGUGUGGCUGCCGGCGGCCGGCCUGUGUGUGCUGGCGGCGGCGGCCGGCCCGCGCCUGCUGCUGCUGGCGCCGGGCACGGGCCCGCGCCGCGCCGUGGAGCGCACCGACGACCUGCUGGCUGAGGCGCCGCCCGACCACGACGUCGCAGUGGACGCGCGCAGUGCGGGCGCGGCCACGUGGGAGCGCGUGGCGCCCGAGGCCUGGGCGCGCGCCACCCGGGCCUCCAUCCUGCACGCGCGCGACGUGGCGCACGUGGCCUGGCACGCGCGCGGGGACUACGUCUGCGCCACGCUGCGGCCCGGCGCGGCGGGCGGCGCGGGCGGCGCGCGGGCCGUGCUCGUGCACCAGCUGUCGCGGCGCCGCUCGCAGCUGCCGCUGGCGCGCUGCAAGGGGCUGGUGCAGUGCGCCGUGUUCCACCCCACGCGGCCGCAGCUCUUCGUGGCCACGCAGCGCGUCGUGCGCGUCUACGACCUGCUCAAGCAGGAGCUCGUGCGCAAGCUGCUGACGGGCGCGCAGUGGAUCAGCAACAUGGCCGUGCACCCCGCCGGGGACAACCUGCUCGUCUGCUCCUACGACAGGAAGUGCAUAUGGUUCGACCUGGAGCUGUCGUCGAAGCCGUACCAGACGCUGCGGCUGCACGGCGGCGCGGUGCGCUCCGUGGCCUUCCACCGCCGGUACCCGCUGUUCGCGUCGGCCGGGGACGACGACAACAUCGUCGUCAGCCACGGCAUGGUCUACAACGACCUGCUGCAGAACCCGCUGCUGGUCCCGCUGAAGCAGCUGGCGGGCGGGGCGCGCGCCGCCGACCUGGUGGUGCUGGAGCUGCGCUGGCACCCGGCGCAGCCCUGGCUGCUGGCCGCCUGCGCCGACGGCACGCUGCGCCUCUACGCCUAGCGCGCCCACGACAAAUAUUCACUUUUCCGAAUAAAACUGUAUAUUCUUUGUUUCAUGAGAGUGCUUGUAAAUACGUGCUAAUUGUAACCUAAUAAAUGUUUAAGAGAUAAGUCAAAACUGAA